AUGAAGGGCAUUGCCACCAUUCUCGUUAUUGCUAUGUACUCAUCGCUAGUACUAGCGGAUCUUCCACAUUACACUACCUACAAAAGCUUCCAAACUGCGUUCUACGAAUGUGCGGAAUACUAUCAUGUGCCUAAUUGCACCGUUCGACGGUAUAUCGAGCAAUCCUAUCCACCGGAGGAGGAGGUGAAGAAACUUAUCCGCUGUACGUUGAUUAAUCUUGGAGCCUGGGAUGAUGCUACCGGUGUGCGUGAUUAUGUGAUUAGUAACUACUUUGUUCCAUCACCGGAUGACAUCUGCUACGAAAGACGCACUCGUGAAUGUCUCGACAAUAUUUUCUACGAUUGUGACUACAGUCGUGCCUAUGAAUCCUUCAAGUGUUACUACCGUUAUUAUGGAGAACUCGUUUCGGACGAUAAAUAUGUGCCCAAUGAACAGCUGGAACUGCAACAGUUGGCUCUAACUAGCUUGUUGAUCUCCGAUCUGCCCUAUGAUGUCCUUGUUCAAUACUGCAAGGGUGACAUUGAAAGUGAGGAAAAUUUCCCGGAACUGCUGUUCGUGAUUUUGGUACGAGGAGGAUACUACAGCACACAGAAUGGAUGGAAUUUGCAGAACCUGUACACUCAACUGGGCGAUCAGGGCUUGCUGGACCCUUACACGCAAGAGUGCAUCGAUGGGGUUGCGAAGGAGAAAUGUAACGCUGACGAAGUGUCGCGGCUGUUCGCUACAUGGCAGCAAUGCUUGAGCCAGUAUAGUCCGCUUUUGCAGUAUAUUCAGGUGGCAGCUAAGACCCUGGUUGGUGACCCAGACGGUUGUAUCUGUACCAACUCCUUGUACAAUGGAAACUAA